AUGUGUUAUGUGGGUAAAGCUACAAAGAUCUUCAUCUUCAUAGUGACAGUGCUGGUGGUUCUUGGACUUGUAUUAGGACUUGGGCUUCUCCGCCAUGGCCUUCAGAAGACCCACAAAUGCUUCGGCGACUCCUGCCAAUCUUCUUCUUCCUUUUCUUCUCCUCCUACUCCGGUGGUCUUCCCCAACCCUGGUUUCGGCCCACCUAAUCCAAAUCCAAAUCCAAGCCCUGACCCCAGCUCCAACCAGCCCAGCCCACCUAACCCCAACCCCAACCCAAGUCUAAGCCCACCUCCACCUAACUCCAACCCAAUCCUAAGCCCACCUCCAACUAACCCAAAUCCAAGUACACCUCCGCCGCCAACUAUGGUGGUUCCGCCGCCAAUGAAUCAGCCUAGUCCGGUGCCGAUCACACCUGGCCCUGCGCAUGCCUAG